AUGACUUCUUUAAUCCAUACUUGGACUCUGGCGCCAGAUGAAUGGAUUCUAUCGCUAAGGCUAUUCCCAGAAAUUCUGGGAGGAUCUUUUGUAUCAUCCACCAGCUCAGGAAGACUCAGAUUGUACUCUACGGAGUUUUCCAAUGCUCCACUUAUUGAUAUCAAGGCCCACGAGUCUAGCAUUAAUGACAUCGAGAAAAUAGACGAAAACACUUUGGUGUCCGCGUCCACCGAUGGGGUAAAGGUUUGGGACUUGCGCCAGGCACUUCAGAGGCCACAAUUGACGUUGUCCAAUCCGAAAAAGUCCAACUUUCUCUCUUUGGGAUCCAAAGGUCUGGCGUUGGCUGGAGGCACCGAAUUGGUAGGUGUGGAUGCUGAGUUACACAUCUGGGACUUAAAAAACCCAGACUCGGUAGUCCGCUCAUUUGUGGAUUCGCACCAUGAUGACAUUACUGAUAUUAAGUUUCACCCCUCCUACAACUACUUAAUGUCUGGGUCCACAGAUGGUUGUGUCAAUAUUUACAACUUGGAUGAACCAGAUGAAGACGAAGCAUUGCAUCAGGUGGUUAAUUUCGCCUCUGUCCACUCGUGCCACUUCACUGGCAAAAACAGAAUUUCUGUUCUUUCACACAUGGAGACCUUGGGCUUUUUCGAGCUCAACAGUACCGACUACGAUGUCAACGACGAGCCUCCUCCAAAUGAUUUGGGCGAUGUUCGGUCUUUGUGGCCCAAUUGCGAGUAUGUUGUUGAUAUCGGCCGUGACCAUGUAUUCUACGGUGCAAAUCUGCGGAGUUCAUUGACAGUCAUUCCCUUCGAUGCUGAGAACGAGACAUUUGCUGUGGGAAGCGCCAUUUCUUUCCCUGGUGCUCAUGGAGAGGAGGUUGUGAGAGAUGGAAUUUUGAUCCCAAACACCAACAAGGCUAUUACGUGUGGAGAAGACGGAACGAUCAAAGCAUGGCAGUUACCUGUGAAUGUGGUGGGUGAGAGUGAGAAGAUCAACAAGAAGGAAAAGAAAGAAAAGAAAGAAAAAAAGGUCGAGAAAAAGGAGAAAAGGGAGAAAAAGGAGAAGAAAGAGAAGAAAGACAGAAACGAUAGAGACGGACUGGAUACGAAGAAAAGACACAAAGAGAAAAAGAAGUCCAGCAGGUUCAAACCAUAUUAG